GCAAGAUGGCGAGCGAGCGGCUGCACAGCGCCCAGGACCUGCUGGAUCUCACCUUCCAGUCCUUGGCCAUGCAGCACAUGGACUUGAAGCAAGUGGAGCUGGACACGGCGGUGGCCAAAGUGGACGAGCUCUCCCGGCAGCUUGAAUCCCUCUGGACCGACGGCCCUGGACCCCCCAAAGAGACGUACAGCCCCAGCCGAACCCGCUCGCCCCUUGGCCGGAGAAGCCUGGCACCGGAGAAUCUGGAGAUGUCGGGGGACACACUGGGUCGCCCCGGUUCCCCCCGGACCCUCCAUUAUCUCCCGGGGGAGGAUCGGGCGCCUUCACCUCGACCCAAGGUGUUGGCGGUGCCCUACGAGGGGUUGGCACUGCCCAGCCCGGGGGGUCGAGCCCCCUCCCCUCGUCCCCAUCGUUCCUAUGAAUUCUUGGGGCUAGGGGGGUCCCCCAGACCGGGUGAGGGACCCGUCUUCUUCCCUGAGCGGGCACCCUCACCCCGACCCCCCGCGCCCCCCCCUUAUGAGGUGCAUGGGCUGUACCCCUCCGUCAGCAGCCCCGCCAUCACCUUCCGGGCGCAGGGCACCAGCGAGGGGCAGCCGGGGCUGCGUCCAUCCCUGGGGCUGUCGCUGGCACCCUGGAGGGAGUCGAGCCUGGAUGGGGCCGGCGGGCAGAGCAAGGAUGGUGCUUACGGGGGCCACAGUGCCACGCUACCCCGUAACUACAAGGUGUCCCCGCUGGCGGGCGAGCGGCGGGCGGAGGGACCCUUUCGACGCUCGGGACCCGGCACCCUGCCCCGCAGCUGGCACUUCUCCCAGCAGCCUGUCUCCCGCAUCCCCGUGCCCCCCCAGGGUGGGCGGCCCCCCCGCCACAAACCUUUGCCCCUUUCCAUGAUCUUCAAGCUGCAAAACGCUUUUUGGGAGCAAGGGGUCGGCGGUCCCCGGGGGCUUCCCCUGGUCCCCCCCGCCGGUCCACGUGCACCCCAAAAGCAGCCCCAGCUCCCGGUGCUGCCCCAGGCCCCCCCGGCGGUCACUCCAGGGUGGGAGGUUAUGGUGCUGACCCCAGCCCCUGCUCUGACAGGAUCUGGGCGCCCCGUGCCCCCUGAGACCGUUCUGCCAGAGGGGGAGCCGGAGCUGGAGCGGCUGCUUCAGGGUGGGGAGGCUGAGGGGUUGGAGCGGCCGCUCAGCCCCACACGGCUGCAGCCCCUGCUGCCCCCCGAGGCCCAGCGGGUCCCCGAGUUCGAGGAGGUGGCACGGGUGCUGGCCGAGAUGCCCCGACCCCUCAAGCGCCGUGGUUCCAUGGAGCAAAGCCCAGGACCGGCACUGCCACCCAGCCGUACCCGCCAGUACCAGCAGCUCAUCACCCGCCUCCUGCACCGCCCGCCCCGCCGCGACGAGCCCUUGGCUCCCGGUGACACCGGUGCCUCGUCUGACCUGCCACCCCCUGCUCCGGCGGCUCCUGAGGCUCGGCCACCCCGCCACAGCCCCCCACCGCAGUCCCCCAGCAGCCCAGCACCUGCCCUGGAGCUGCGCUCGGCCCUGCGCGACCCCUCCUCGCCCCGCAGGCGCCCUGGGGCCCGCGUGCGCCUCAACCCCUUGGUGCUGUUGCUGGAUGCGGCCCUGACUGGGGAGCUGGAUGUGGUGCAGCAGGCGGUGGCUGAGCUGAACGACCCCAGCCAGCCCAACGACGAAGGCAUCACGGCACUGCACAACGCCAUCUGCGGCGCCAACUACAGCAUCGUCGACUUCCUCAUCGCCAGCGGGGCCAACGUCAACUCCCCCGACAGCCACGGCUGGACGCCGCUGCACUGUGCAGCCUCUUGCAAUGACACGGGGGUGUGCGUGGCCCUGGUGCGCCAUGGAGCCGCCAUCUUUGCCACCACCACCAGUGACGGCAGCCUGGCCGUGGAGAAGUGUGACCCGUACCGGGAGGGCUACGCCGACUGCUACAACUACCUUACUGAGGUGGAGCAGAGCAUGGGGGUGCUGAACAGCGGGGUGGUGUAUGCACUGUGGGACUACAGCGCCGAAUUCGGGGAUGAGCUGUCCUUCCGCGAGGGCGAGCCCAUCACCGUCCUGCGCCGCCAGCCCCAGGAAGAGCUCGACUGGUGGUGGGGGUCCCUUUAUGGCCAUGAGGGCUACGUCCCCCGGAACUAUUUUGGGCUCUUCCCCAGGGUGCGGCCGCAGCGGAAGAAGGUCUGA